GCCAUUACAAUUUUGACAUUAGAAACGCCGUGUGGAUUUGUAGAAUUGUGGAAAAAAGAAACCGAAAAUUAAUUAUUUUACUUAAUUCUUACUAAUAAUCUUCAUUUACAAAACACAAUGGCUGAUGUUUUAGAUAUUGAUAAUGCUGAAGAAUUUGAGGUCGAUGAGGAUGGAGAUCAGGGUAUUGUACGUCUAAAGGAAAAGGCCAAACACCGCAAGGGAAGAGGUUUUGGCAAUGAGACUACCACACGUGAAACCAUACAUACAUAUGAACGUGUGCGACAUGAAGAUGACGAUGAACUGGAGCCGGGUCCACAACGUUCGGUAGAGGGUUGGAUUCUCUUUGUCACCAAUAUACACGAAGAAGCUCAAGAGGAUGAAAUACAAGAGAAAUUCUGUGAUUUUGGUGCCAUUAAGAAUAUCCACUUGAAUUUAGAUCGUAGAACGGGUUUUUCGAAAGGUUAUGCUCUGGUCGAGUUCGAAACACACAAAGAAGCGUGGGCAGCCAAAGAGGCUCUUAAUGGCGCUGAAAUUAUGGGCCAGCCCAUACAGGUGGAUUGGUGUUUUGUCAAGGGUCCUAAACGUGUUAAGAAAUCUUCCGAUAAGAGACGUCGUUGAUAACAAAAGGAUUGUGUAUUGUUCUUUUUUUUAUAUCAAUUAUAUUCCCUAAGUAAGACUACACUUUCUCCCACAUCUAACUUAAAUGGAUUUUAAAUUAUUUUUUACUCAUAAAAAAGCAUUAAAUUAGUUUAAAUUUAAAUGACUAUUUGAACAAACUCUUGAAUUAAUAAACACAAAGAUUAAAAAUAAACAUUUUACAAUGUUUACUGUAAA